GCGUCGGCAGCAUCGGCAUGGGGCUGCAUGCGAACGCCGAGAUCUUGGUGUACACGAUGCCCGUCGGGAACCUCUCGAUGGAGCUCUACGAAGAGUACAUGGGCGUCCUCCAGAGCGCGGCUGUGAUCCCGAUCAGCAGCUUGACGCGGCCGGGCGGCUACAGCACCGAGCUCUCGCCGUUCCGGUCGCUCUCGUGGGAGAGCUCCCAAGCGAUCAAGUACCGCUUCCUCGACAUGAACCAGGUGCUCCAUGUGCCAUGCGAAGAGGUUCAUGCAUCGCGCCGCCCGCUGGCACUCCUUGGCAUCUGCCACUGCCCGACGACCGAGAACCUCCGGGAAGCGUACCACCACUUUACGACGGUCGCGGCGCAGUUUCCAACGACAAUCGCCCACAAGUGCUUUGCCUUUGAGCAUGCGUUUGGCGCUGGCACGCUCGACGACGUCGCCGUGCUCGACAACCUCGUCAUGUUCCCGCUCGCCGCGCCCUUGUCCGACGGCCACACGACGGUGUCGCUGCACCUCCAAGUCGUGCUGGACUCGCUCACCGUCACGAUUCUCAUGUCGCUUGAAAGCUUGAUACGCGCGGCUGUGCGACAGCACCAGCAGACGGGCACCGCGGCCGCGACCGACCAAGCGACCGCCGACGCGCAGCUCGGGCUGCUGCACACGCAAGUCGAUCCGCUCCAAGAUGGUGUUGCGUCUGCGUCCAUUCCUUUGCAAGCGCUACCAGUGGCAGCGACGCCGGGGCGAACGCGGUCGGGCUCGAUGGUCCCAUCGACCUCGACAGCAUCGGCGCCGUCGUCGGGCGGCGGCACGGGCUUGCUAGGACUGCUGGAGAAGGAGCCGCGCGGCCGACGGCGCAUGAUCAUGCGGCAGCGCAAGCUUAUGGGCGACUACAGCCUCCUCCUCGGGUGCUUUAGCGACGCCCUCGAGUUUUACCUCUCGGCCCUCGACGGCCUACGCGACGACGAGCGCCGGGCGUCGAGCUCGUUCAGCGACACGCUCUGGCUUGCAGCGGCGCUCGAAGGCUACGUGACGAGCCUCGUGCUGCUCAUGGCGCCACCCUUUCCAGGUGGUAACGCGACCAAUGUGAAACUCAACGUCGAAGUCAUUGAGAAAGCGUCCGAGGCCAUCGUGUUGUAUGCCAAGGCACACUGCUUUGGCCUCGUAGCGCGCUUGGUGUCGGCCAUUGGCGAGUACUACGUGGCCGUGCAUGCCCGCCUCUCGACUCAAAAAGGCACCGUCGACGAAGCGGUUUGGGUCCGGCAGCUUGCGCUCGAGACCCACGGACGGCUCAUCACCUGCUUCUCGUCGCUCUCGGUGGACCUCCGGUUGCAGCAUUUGCUCGAGAUGGCGGCGCAGUGCGGUCACUUGCGCUACGUGCGGAAGCAGGCGUUCUUCCUUCACGAAGCUGCGUCGCUCCUCGUGUACAAGCACCGCCUUGCGUCGCCGCCAAAGGUCGCUGACCUCCGCGCGGCGCUCUUCCUCGAUCAAAUCGCGCUCGGGCUUCUCGACGACGCGACGAGCUGGGUCCACUUGCGGUUUCUCGUGCUGCGCCAGCUGGUCGCGAUCGCUCGAAUUUGCCAAGCGUCGCCCGACACGAUUGUGAGCUACGCACUCUCACUCCUGCAGCUGCUCACGGCGCUGCGACGGGACACGGAGCCCGCUACGGAUACGCCACAAAUGCCGUCCAACAUUUGGAACGACGGCUUUCUCGAGCCGUUCUCGUCAACAUCCGAGACCGAUCGUGUGCCGGCGCCGCUGCACGCGAAAACGCAGAGCGUCUACUACGCGCCGCCGCCACUGUACGAGAAAGACGUGCGCAAGGCCUUGGCGAACGCGAGUUUCUUUGGCGUCAAGCAUCUGCCGACAACGAUGGCGGUCGCAGCAACGACACCGCGCCUCCUCUCGACGCCACGGCAGCUCAUGACGGCGGUCCUCAACGUCCAAACGAGCUUUGGUGUCUCGGACAGCGCGAAAGAAACCCACCGGCGUAAUGACACCACCGACAAGAGCGCUGACGCCGAGACGCCAUUCUUGGAACUGCACACUGACGUUGACGUGGCGAUGUGGCAAGGCGCGUGCUGGGCGCUACUGCAGUCGGACCCCGCGAGCCGCACUCGAACGGUCAUCCCGCUCCUGCAUCGGCUGCUGGAUGUUCGCUCGAUGACACCGUUGGCGCCACGCCCGCUCGUGUCUGCGGCCGACGUUCGCCGCCUCUUGGACCCUGUCGCGGCCAAAGCUACGUUCAUGUACAACCCGUUCCAGGCAAAGACAGCGACGUCGGCAACGACCGUAGCGACAUCGUACGUCUACGCGCUCGGCGACCUCGUGGCCAUUCAAGUUGAGGCAGCCAACCCACUGGACAUUGCAUUGGUGCUGCCGCGGCUUCAAGCGUACUGCAGCGGCCACAUGCUCGCGUACCCUGCCGCCGCGAGUCUUACACCGCGCCAAGAGCGAGCUUCGAUACGCUUGACGCUGCGCCCUCAAGCCGUCGGCGACCUUGUUCUCGAAGGCAUCAACUGCGUCUUGCCCCAGCAAAUGCUCCAGUAUCUCUUGCCCCGACCCGUGUGCCUGCAGGUCGUCGAUGCGAUAGCGGUGGCCGACUGGAAAGGCGCCGAUCGACCGGUGACGCUCUUUGCUAACGAAGACUGCGUGCUGCCCAUCUCGCUGCGCAACGCAUCAACGACGCAAAGCAUGGACGACGUGACACUGCUGCUGUCGGUGCACCGGCAGACCGACGGGUUCCACGCCCCAAUCACGACCAUGGUCACUCCCGGUGCCCCGGGUCGCGUCGCCAUCUCUGAUUUUGGCAUUGCUUGGGACGCUGUCGCACUGGACGUGGACCGAUGGCUGCCGCCUCAAGCGACGCUGCCUCUGCCAUUGCGCAUUGAGUCGACGCGUCCGGACGUUGUCGACGUCAAGCUGCGAGCCUUGUACCGCGGGCGAGACCCCGAGUGGUACCGCGAAAGCACAACCGUGCUCCGCGUGCACGUGCGCGCCGGCGUCUCGGUCCUCGGCGCCCCGUCCACCAAUGGCGUCGCUGUCUGGAACGCUGCGGACAUUCCAUUUUGUGUCGAUGGAGCGGUCAUUGCGCCGCAAAGUGUCAUGAACGUGGCUUUGCCGUCAACCGAGUGCCAGCGUCUGCCGUGGGAAACGACCGACGGGAGCGCCAGCGGCGCGCUGCUGGUGCCCGAGCGACCACCAGUGCCCGAGCGACCACCAGUGCCCGAGGCGCCUGCGUCCAUUGCGCUGACCACCGACGCACGGGAUGCAUGGAAGCUGGGCACCUUUUACGAGGUUCACGUCGCAACGUCGGUUGAAGACUGUGCGAAUGUUGAGCUGGUUGUGGCGGUCACCGUGACGGACGCCGUGACAAACGAACCAACGUCGGCCGCGACUUGCUUGCUGGCAGGCGCGCUCGAGUACACCGUGCUUGACCCGAUCCAGGUGCAUGUCUUCCAGGUGGCGUUCUUACAGACAGGCCAGUUUCGAGUUUCGGCGAUGGUGUCGGACGACACGACGUGUGCGUCGAUGACAGUCGACGUUGUAGCAACCGACGACGUAAAUACGGUUGAAUGAUGACACGUCAACUGCCGUCGUCGAGCGACUCGC